UUGGUGUCCUUAGCCACAAGUUGAACGUUGAAAGAAUAUGAGCUGGACUUCAGAAAAGAAAACAAAUUGAGUAUACAUCGGAUAAGCAUUUCUUUAAGCAUGUAUGUGUGUGUGUGUGUGUGUGUGUGUGUGUGUGUGUUUCAGUCACUGAGCACAGGUUGUUAGGCUAACCCACAGUAUCCUGUUGAGAACGUCUGCUCGUAUGUCAGUUAUAGCAUAUAAGAAAGCAAGGUUUCUCAGCAUCUUGUUACUCUAACACUUUUUCAUAUCACACAUGCAAGCAAAAGAAGUACAGCACCUUUGUUAUUUUAACCCUUUAUAUUCAUUCAGUUGACAUGUACACUAGAACUUGGCUUAGAUCAUGUUCAUGUGGGUCAGGAAGUGGUUUUUCAUGCAGUAAGCAGACUUGUGUAUAUUUUCUACAUACAUUUUAGUUCUUAAAAUAUUCUAAACAAUUCUGCUGGACCUUCAGAGAUUGCAGGAUCAUGUGGUAGUUGUUAGUGAUCAGCAUUCCAGAUGACUCUUCAUUCUUCCUGCCUUUUCUUCUGCUCUUUCCUUUCUUGCUCUUCUCUUGUUCCUGACGGAUCUUUUUGCAGUAUGAGGUGUCAGCUCGUCCUCUGAGGGAGGCUUUAGUAAUAAUCGGGAAGAAGUCACCAAGAGUUACAGUUUUGUUUCUGGGUGUAAUUUGUUCAAUCGGUGAGAUAGGAGGUUGAGAACUACACAUCAGAGGCCGUCUACAACACCGUGUGGAAUCAUCAAGCUGAGAGACAAUGUUAAGUGCCACUGAAAAGCUGCUAAGCCUUAGUUCUUUCUUGUUGGUCAACCUUGUAAGAGCUUGCUUGGAGCAUAAGGGUAUAACUGCCGUAAGAGCUUGUGAGUGGCCAACAGAACCUAUAUGGGUAGUGGAACUCAGGACCAAGGUUCCAUCAAUUUAGCUAUGCUAGUUUAGUGAUGUUGAAACCUGCAGUCUUCUCUCCAGGACCUCAUAAUUGGCAGAUCCAAUGAGGGACCCUGGAACAUAAGCUCACAGAUUCACAGAGUUGAGUUUGUCAUGUAAUGAGGUUUAGGACAGAUGUGAGUGCAGUUAAGAGCUUUUACUAAAGGGACAUUGGCAUGCAAAUCCAAAUCCAAAGGCAAAACCGUGGUCAAAACAAGCAAACAGUCAGGCGAUCGUCAAACGGGCGUAAACUGGGCUAGGACUCGAACUGAGAAACGCUAAGAUAGAGACAAGAUCCACAACCAUGAAACAAAGUACGCAACGAUACUUCACACUGAACAAAGACACACCAGGGGUUUAAAUACCAAAGGAAAUCCAUGGGAUAACACACAACAACUGGUUACAAUGAUGACACGUAAGGGGAAACAACCAAUGACAAUACAGGGGCGAAGCCAGGACAUAAACCAUAACAGAACACAUGUCUCAAGAGUAAACACAGUCAAUAUCAUUGAAAACCUGGAAGCGCGCACCGGGUGAUUAAUAUAAUAUAUGUAUAUAUUGCUGAGCAUGCUGCAUGCUUCUCGCUCAGUGCGAGGGGAAAUCCUGACAGAGUUAAGCUUGCUGAGUAAGGAUUUAAUAUUGAAAUUGUGCAAAUCAGUAUUCAGACCAGUAUUCAGACAGAUUUAAGCGCUAUUCUGAUAUUCGGUUUGAACUAAACCUUGUGUGUGUGUUUUUUCUAUGGGUUUAUAAUGACCUUCAUAUCUACUUUGUGGGGUGAUUAUAAUUCACUUUAUUAUGGUAUUUGGUGUGAAUAUCAUUUAGUAAAAGUAUUCAGCACCAUUAUAAUGUUCUGUGCAGAGAGCCAGGAUUUUUUAAACCUUGGAUCAAGCACACGACUCGUUUUAAUAAACGCUAGCUGGACUUACACGACUGUAGGUUGUGCAGUUGUUGAUAUGGUGAAGGUUUCUGUAAGGAGAUGUUUAUUUAGUAUUUGGGGAAGGAGUGUUUUUUUUUCUUACUAACUUCAAUAGAUAGAAAAUUGCAUUGUUUUGUAAUGAUAUUCAUUUUGUGGAAAAUAGUAUAUAGCGCCACAUUUGGGCUGUCAAACAGUAGAUUUGCAUGAAAGAUUAUUUUUGGAUGCAUAUUCUAUGUCCAGGUUAAUGACGCACAAACGAGGAUUUAAAGGAAGAAAAUGGCUUUCCACCCUUCAGUGCGUGACGAUCUCAGGAUAAUGCUUCUUGGCCACAGCGGUGUUGGGAAAAGUGCAACAGCCAAUGUAAUCUUGGGAAAAGAAGCAUUCAAAGAAACUGAAACUAUCCAGUGUGAGAUACAGAGAGGGAGAGUGGAGGGAAGAAACAUCUCAGUGAUUGACACUCCAGGAAUCAACAACAUUUCUCUCACUACAGAACAGUGGAGGACUGAGUUGAAGAAGGGUUUGUUGCUUUCUUCUCCUGGUCCUCAUGUGUUCUUGCUGGUGACCAAAGUGGGAAAAUUCUCAGAAGAAGAGAGAAUUGCUGUGAAGUGGAUUGCCGAGAACUUUGGAGAAGAAGCUCUGAAGUUCAGCAUGAUACUGUUCACAGGAAGAGAAGAAAUGACCAACAGACUGUGGAUUAAAUUUUCCGAAGAUGCCAGGAUAAAGGAUCUGAUCAGCUGCUGUGAAGGUAGAUAUUGUGUGAUAAACAGCAAGAGAGAAGCUAAUCCUACUCAGAUCAUUAAACUGCUUGAGGAGAUCGAGGCCAUGGGCCAACGAAAUGGAGAUCAGUUCUACACUCAAGAUCUGUACGAAGCAGUUGAUAGAAUGAGAACAACAGAAGCCAUUCUGAAGAAAGAGGAAAUGAGAAAGGGACAUAAGAGCAAACCAAAUCAAAACCAUGACGCAUGUCUGGAGGUGCAGAAAGAGGAUGCUCUUACUGGAGUUAAGGUAAAAUGUGGAAAUGAGGUACCUCCUAAGAAACAAGAAGAGUCAGUGAAGUCACUUCCUGAGAGGAAAGGAGAGAUGGAAGUUAAGUUUGUGAAACAAAAUAUCAGGAGACAGGAGGAGACACAGAGAGAGACAGAAAAGAAUAAAUGGGAGCAGGAGAAAGGAGGUCCAGGGGGAAGAAACCCUGAUUCAGUGUGUGAUGUGAGGAUUGUGCUACUGGGAGGUGUUGGAGCAGGAAAAAGCUCAUCAGGAAACACUAUCCUGGGCAGAGAGGCAUUUGGGAAAGACCUUGUCCCAGUUACCACAAUGUGCAAGAGGCAGGAUGGAAUGGUGGGAAAUAAAUCCAUCACUGUGAUCGACACUAAGGCUUACACUAAUCGUUCCUCUCAGCAUUGCUUUUCAAAGUACUGUGAAGAGUUGGAGCAGUGUUUUUCCUUUUGUAAACCUGGCCCUCAUGUGUUUGUGCUUGUUGUACCAUCUCCUAAUACCUUCUCCUUCCCUGUUCAAUUACUAUAUGAAAGAUUUGGCCCAGAAGUUUUGAAACGCACUUUAAUCCUCGUCACCCGUGGAGACUCUUGGGGAAGAGACCACGAGGUGGUUUUAAACAACAGCUCAGCUCUCCAGCAGCUCGUCCAGAACUGUGGAGAAGAUUAUCAGAUUUUCAACAACCAAGAGAAAGAAGACCGAACUCAGGUCACAGAACUGCUGGACAAGAUUGAGAUCUUGAUUGAGAAGAACGGACAGGGGCACUGUACCACCGAGAUGUACCAGAGAAAGGGGCAGAAGACAAGCAACUGUUCCCUAAUAUGAAUAUUUUAAAGUCUUCAUUGCGAAAUGCAUCAUUACUGGGUGACAAAAGUUUUUAAAAGUAUUGUAGUGUGCGGUGAUGUCAUAUGUGAUUUAUUCUGUAUACAUACAGUAUAUUAUUAUGCAAAUGUACAAUAUAUGUAUUAUCUCACUCUCCAGAACAGGAUGGGUUCCCUUUUGAGUUAGGCUCCUCUCAAGCUUUCUUCCUCAUGGUUUUCAUCACCACUGUCACCUCUACAUCUAUAUGUAUGGUACAGGCGGAAAAACACCAUACUUUACCCUGAACAGAGACACAUAGGGGUUUAAAUACACAAACCAAGGGACACUCCCCCUCCCACAUACCAAAGCUCCCCCUCCUGGUAAUCCUGGCCCUCUGGGCAAAAUGUGCACACAGCCCUCAAAGUCCCACGGCAGGCAUUGUCCAUAGAUCUGAAGAGCAAACAUGAGGCUGACGCAGGCUGGUUGAGGCCGUGAGGGGGGAACAAGGCUUUGGAGAUCACACCGUCAGCCUUAGGCAUGAGCUGGGAGGCCUUGUAAUCAGCCUCAGGCAGGAGCAUGUCAUAAGAGACCAUUUUAUCGGACUUAGGCAUGAGCAGAGCUUGGUAGGUCAUUUUGACGAGCUCUAGCUUGAGCAUGGCAUGUCAGGCCGCACCAUCAGCCUUUGGCAUGAACAGAAUUUGGGAGGCGGUCUCAUCGGUCUCUGGCAGGUACAUGGCUUGGGAUUUUAGCCCAAGCCAUGGUUCUCAGUACAGAACAACUUCAACUCUGGGAUGUUGGUGGGUUUCCUAACAUGAACUGCUUGCUUCAGGACUUUCCACAGCAUUUCAAUUUUAUUAAGGCCAGGACUUUGACUUGGCCAUUCUAAAACAUUUCCUUUAUUCUUCUUUAACCGUUCUUCGGUAGAACGACUGGCGUGUUUAGGAUCAUUGUGUUGCUGCAUGACCCACUUUCUCUUGAGAUUCAGUUCAUGGACAGAUCCUGAUAUUUUCCUUUAGAGGGCACUGGUAUUAUUCAGAAUACAUUGUUCCAUCAAUGAUUACGAGUCGUCCUGGCCCAGCUGCAGCAAAACAACCCCAAACCAUGACACUACACUACAAACCAUGACAGCCCAAACCAUGAAACCAUGACAUCAUGUUUCACAGAUGGGAUAAGGUUCUUAUGCUGGAAUGCAGUGUUUUCCUUUCUCCAAACAUAACGCUUCUCAUUAAAAAUAAAACAAAACUCCAUUUUGGUCUCAUUCAUCCACAAAACAUUUUUCCAACAGUCUUCUGGCUCGUCCACAUGAUCUUUAUCAAACUGCAAACAGGCAGCAAUGUUCUUUUUGUAGAGCAGGGACUUUCUCCUUGCAGUCCUGCCCUGCACACUGUUGUUGUUCAGUGUUCUCCUGAUGGUGAACUCAUGAACAUUAACAUUAGCCAACGCGAGAGAUGACUUAAGCUGCUUAGAUGUUACCCUGGGUUCCUUUGUGACCUCGUGGACUAUUACAUGUAUUGCUCUUGUAGUGAUCUUAGCUGGUCUCCACUCCUGUGGAGGGAACAAUGGUGUUGAAUUUCAUCAAUUUGUACACAAUCUGUCUGACUGUGGAUUGGUUGAGUCCAAACUCUUUAGAGAUGGUUUUGUAACCUUUUCCAGCAACUCUUUUUCUGAAGUCCUCAGAAAUCUCCUUUGUUCAUGCCAUGAUACACUUCCACAAAUGUGUGUUCUGAAAAUCAGACUCUGAUAGAUCUCUGUUGUUUAAAUAAAACAGGACGCUCACACACUCACACCUGAUAGUCAUCCCAUAGAUUGAGUCCCCUGACUCUAAUUUCACUUUCAAAUGAAUUUGCUAAUCCUAGAGGUUCACAUGCUUUCGCCUCUCACAGAUAUGCAAUAUUGGAUCAUUUUCCUCAAUAAAUAAAUGACCAAGUGUAAUAUUUUGUCUCAUUUGUUUAAUUUGGUUCUCUUUAUCUACUUUUAGGACUUGUGUGAAAAUCUUAUGAUGUUUUGGGUCAUAUUUAUUCAGAUAUAUAGAAAAAAUGUACGGUUUGUUUGAGUCCAAUGACUUUUAAGUGUUUAAUGAUUUUAUUUUAUUUUUGAAAUGGUGUGAUUAAGCUAAACUAUUUAUGACACAUAAUGUCCGAAAGAUAUCGGUCCUGCCUGCUGAUAAAUGCCAGUGGAGAUGUUUUACAACGCGAGUACAUAGUCAUGUCGCUGGAAAUUGAGUCAUCAGUGUCCCAGUGUGUAGUGAGCCAGGUGUGUGCAGGAAGCGCUAGAGAUAACUGAAGAAGUGCUACAA